ACGUGGCGCUGGAUGUGCAGAUGUUGUGCAACAGCUGGAAGUUGUGCGCCGAGAGGCUCUCAGUUCCUCCUGAGACAGAGCAGCUAUGAGCUGGGAGGAAGCGAGGAAGGAAGGUGGCUCAGGUGGUCGCUUUUCACACGGCGGACACGCGCACUGAAUAAACCAGAAUCUGGAUGUUUGCGCGUUCAGGAGAUGCGGCGUGGUGCUGACAGCUGGAUGUUCGAGCUUGAACUUGCAGACAUGGUUUUGUUGUUUUACACAGCUGGACUUGUCAGUCCCACAGACACUACUAUCGAUCAGCAAGCCCUGCGAUGUACUGGGGAGAAUAACCAGAGCUAUGUUUGUGAAUCGGGGCACUGCUGUGAAGACCUGCAGUGUUGCAAAUACUACUACGAGUUAUGGUGGUUCUGGUUGAUGUGUGCUGUUAUCUUCAUCCUGACCUGUUGCUGUGUGUUUCGUCAUCGCCACCUAAAGCACAGACUGCAGCAGCAGCAACGACAGCAUGAGAUUAACCUGAUUGCUUACAGAGAGGCUUGCAACUACACUUCACCUCCAUUCUACUUCAGGUUUCUACCAAGCUAUCUCCUCCCUGACUAUGAGGAUGUAACAAAUGAUCCUCUCACCCCACCACCUCCUUACUGUAACUUAAAUGACGGACCUCUAGUUUGUAGCAACAAUGACCAAGAGGAGGAGCAACAAGCAUCCAGACCCACCCAUUCUGUUCCCACAGGAUCAACAGCGGUGUGCUCAAGCCCUGACAUUGUGGUGCUCGAGAACUCCACGGAAAACCAGCACAGAGAUGAGGGGAAAGAUUUUGAGAUCAUGUUGAACCAGGACACGGAUCACAAGGACCAGGAAAAGGAUGUGGAAAUGCCAGAAGAGGAGAAGGAUGGGCUUAUGAGAAGAUGCCGUCACUUUACUGGUGACUCUGGCAUUGAAGUGUGUUUGUGCAACCAAGGAACUGAAAGCCACAGACCCACAGAGCUUGAGGAGCAGUUAAGCAAUGAAGGCAAUGGUGGCUUAAUGGUGUUCUGUGACAGCUGUGGGACAGAGCUCGAUGCAUCACCACUACCACCGCAGCUCCAUCCUCUUUGCUUGGAUUUGCAUACUAUUAAUGAACACGAUGGGCAGUAGGAUAAUCAGAAUUGAGUGGAAAGAUAUCAAACAAACAGAAAGACCUGACAUUACACACCAGUUUUAUGGAUGGUGUGUAUGUUUAUGGCUUUUGACAGUUUAUUGUUUAAGGAUUUUUUGUAGUGAUAGAACGAGAGUGGAUCCAGAGCCUGUACUGAAAACACUGGCUUCAAGGUGGAAAUACACCCUGUAUGGGGACACACCUAGAGGUAAUCUGGAUUUGCUAAUCCAUUUACUGGUAUGUUUGUGGAAGUUGGUAAAAAAAAAAAAAAAACACGGGCAUUUAUAAGGAACAGGGACGAUUUCAAAUAUUUGUUUCUCAGGAACUACAAGUCUCAUUUAACUGAAAUUUGGUAAUACCCAGUUUGCUUAAAAAUGGCCCUCAUCAGCCAAGUGGAUUUCAGCAGGCACUGAACAGGGUUAUUCAUUAGUGAGCUAAUAUGGCAGUAUGUUCAUUUAUAAAGGUUUUGUUUUGUUAACUUGGAAAGAAUUGGCCCAAAGAAGUGAUAUUUGCAAAAGAUUUUUGGACCAUGCAGAUCACUCCUUGUAGUUUUUAUAUUUACUUGUUGAUUCUCAUCAUGACUUGUCACUAGGCCACACUGCUUUUACUUUAAAGGACCUUAAUGUUGUGCUACCUAAAAUGGCCUUUGCACACAUUUCUGUUUAAAAAAAACCCUAAGAUAGUAAUUUAUUUUGUUAAAUUUAUUUCUGAAGUAUAGUAAAGUGACAAAGAAAAUUUUGACUUUUUUUACUUUUGUCACGCGAUUUUUAAACCAGAAGUUAAAGAUUAAAAUACUCAACAGUUGACAUUCUAAUUUCUGCUAAUUAAAUGCAAACUGUUUGUGUGUAUUGUACUGUAUGCAGGCAUAGUGAAAUGUAGACAUGCAAAAAUUGUUUUGCAAAAGGAUUAAAUUUUGCAAUGUUCAUAAUUUUCCUAAAGUAUAAAACAACUCUUUCAAUAUUAUUCUUAUUCACUUACCCAAUUUUGCCUAAUUAUUUUAGCCCAACACUCACCCUUUCCUCCUAGGCCAAGUCCUUCUUUAUACAAUACAAAAUUUGUACUUUUGCAGAAUAACUUGGAGUAUUUACAAACAUACCAUUUUAUAAGCUUUUAAAUUCAGUGGUAAACCCUCGAUUAACUGAUACUGGGAAUCAGUCUGAAAAUCAGAUUAGUUUUACUCAAAAGGUUCAAACAUACUUGCAAAAUGUCCAAUGGACCUUUGGAUUUAUGCACCAUGUGGAUAGACUUUCUUUUUAGACUUGCUUUCACAAUCAAACAAAAAAAAACUAUGUGGAUUGUUUCUAAAGUUUGAUAUUUUGAAAAUGAUUUAUUUUCUUAUUGUUUUGGUGGUUACCCUGUUAGUCUUUGUAUUAUACACGUUGCUGUAUGUGAUUGUGUGUCUGAAUGAGGGGGAGAGAGAGAGAGAGAGAAAGGUAGAGUUUAGAUAACGGUAAACAUUAUUUACUGCAUUAGUUGAAAUUUUGCCGAACUUCAGUACUGUUAAUUAAUUAAAACACGUGCAUAAAUUUGAUAUUUGAUGACAACUAACCACACCUGCACUAACUAAUGUUUAUUUACUGUAUAAAAAAAUUAAUAAAGCAUUGAACUUUA